CUUUGUGCGCGCGUGUGUGUUUUGAUAUAUAUGACGGGAAAUGCUCCCGCUCCUCUUCAAGCGGACAGUCAUUUUGCUCCUGGCUGCACGCUGUUUAACGACCGUAGUACAGACACUCGCCCGAAGUCACGGUAACGUCACCGUAGCGCUGGAAUUUAUCCUCUCCUCGGUCGGGGAUGUGCAUUUGGACAGGAGAGUGUCCUCCGGACAGCGACGCGCCGCAUUGCUACGCUCCUCUCCUACCUAGGACAUACAACAUCCGGCUCCGGUAGCUUAUCUUGGACGGGAUGGCCGGUGCUAAGUGCCUUCUGAAGACGCCGAGUAACUUCCAGUCAUCAGCCAUGUUCGAGGGCUCUGAGUCGGGAGAUGCCGAAGGAGUCAGCACAGAGAGUACCCUGGGAUCCUCCGUCACCGCCUGCAAGAAGGUGCUGUGCAGUAGCAGUGUGCUGGACUCGUCAGACUACUGGCUGAGGAAUGAGAAGGCUCUGUGCAGGCUGGGCCUCCUGGAGGAUGACGCUGAGGGGAGAAGCAAUACGAUGUGCUUUGUGAAUCUGGACCAGCAGAAGGUGGAUCGUCACAACGACAGCUGCAUCAAGAAACUGGCCUCGAUCUCUCCAGACCUGCCCAAGCUGGUUGGCUCUCUGAGCGUGCGACAGCCCAAGGUGAACGAGAUCCUGCUGCUCGGUGGUUUGGAGACUCCGGACCCCUCUCACCCUCACCAGUACCCCACCCACACACAGGGCCAGAGGUGUACAGAUGUGUGCCUGGUCCAGUGUGCUGGGGGCCGGCGGCCCACCAGCAUCAUCUAUGAGAUCAACAAGUUCCUGAUCGGGCUACAGUGGGGUCAGGAGAGGCAGGGGUCCCAGGGGUCCCAGGGGCGGAUGAUGGCAGGGCAGAGGCUGGAUGAUGACACCAAUCGCUCCUUCUCAUCCAUAGAGGAGGACUUCCUCACUGCCUCAGAACACCUGGGGGAUGACAUCGAGGAUGACGGCUUACGAAACGAGUGCAGUGAUGUGGCAGUGGGCUUGGCAGACGCAGCACACAGCGACAGACCUGCGUGUCAGAGGGGACGCCUGGGCCAGAACCAGUGGCAGGACAGCGAGGACUCUGAGGUGACCAUUUGCGCCCCCCCAGCCACCAAGAAACAAGGAGGAAGGGCACCGGCGAGAGCUAGCGGUCACCACAAUAAGGAGUCGGCCGGCCACUACGCCACCAACCUGGCUGAGUCGGUACUGCAGGACGCCUUCAUCCGCCUGUCUCAGGACGAACCGUCUUUCGCCACCGAGGCUGCUGUGAGCAUGUCCCCCGGCAGCCACCGCCCCCCCGCCGGCCUCACCAGGACAGGAGCGGAGGAGCCCUCUCGGGCACGCGCCUGCUCUUUCGAGCUGCCUAAGAUCGUCAUAGUGCAGAGCCCGGAUUCUUGCGAGGGCCUGCCGGAGUGGCUGGGUACCCAGGCCUCUCACGUGGCUGUGGAGUAUGGUGUUGGUGGUGCUGCCAGACAGGUAACGGCAGAACACGGACCAGAGGUCCAUAGCUUCCACCCUACCACCACUACCAGUGGACGCCACCCCAACAAACCCCUGCAGCGGGCCCUGGCAUGUGCUGCCAGCGUCAUCGGCACCAUCUCCAGCCCACAGGUAGCAGAGCAGCUAGCGAUGGAGCCAACAGAGGAGGACAUGGAGAGAGAGGGACAGAGAGACCCUGAGGGCACUGACUACUCCUUCUCCUCAGCCAUGUGCGGUAUGGCCCAGGUGGCGGGGGCAGUGGCCGUUGUGGAGCUAGCUGAAGAGGCCGAGGAGGGGGGCUGCGAGUCAGAAGACGACUCCACCACCGAGGUCUACUCAGCCGCCUCCGUGGGACUCCUAUCUGCAGCGCAGGCCUCCACGGCCGUCACUCUUCACUGCAGCGUUGCCGAGGGAACCAGCAUCGAGGCCUUCCGCACCAGCAUCGCUGAAGUUCUUCACAAGGAGGCAGCAGGGGUGCUGGCUCAGCCCCAGGACUACAAGAGUGUGGCCCACCUACUGGAGUCCACCCACAACAGGAUCGUGGAUGGCAUCACGUCUCCCAAAAAGUCCUAUCUGGACAAAAUGGAUGAAACUGAGGUGGACGAUUUCAUCAGCGAGGUGGCCAAUGGCCUCUUCAAGCACGCGUUUGAGAAAGCUAAAAAGAAAAGAGAACUAGAAGGCCCGGGCAAAGACGUCCCUGAUAUCCAGGGCUUUCUGCAGGAGAGCGUGAGCAAUGUGCUCUUCGACGUCCUUUGUCUCACUUCAAAGCGGAUCGGUGACAUUUCUAAAUGUGAUAUAGGGUCGUUUGACAGACAAGAGGAUGAUAUCGGCUCCAGGGACUAUGAGGCGGCCGCCACCACCAAGGAACCAUUAAGUCAAUUACAGCGCUUCGUCGGCUCCAGCCAGCCCGAUAAUUGUGAAGCCCACUGGGCAGAGAAGACGCCCAUCUACUCUGCGAUAAUGGAGGACAAAUAUGGACUCGAGGAGAGGGAGAGCGAACCUUAUGGGUCUCACAGCUCGCCACAUAUCAGACAGCAGCAGCAGCUCAGACAAGCUCCGACGAAAGUCUCGUCCUCUACUAAGGACUGCUAUGACCUCCAGGGCCAGCAGGCCAGAGGAAACAUCAGAGAGCCUUUUACAGAGAGCUUACCCCACCAGGUCUCUUCAUCCCUGGGCACAGAGAAAAGAUGGAGAGCCAGUACGGACAGCAGACAGUCUUCUCUGACCCCUCAGUCCUCUUUUAGCUCCUCCACCACAGGGGCCUUGGUCUGCCUAAAGAUGGACUCAGAGUCCAGAACUACCCCCGUCAACUACUUCGCUGAUGACCUGGCCACCACCGUGGUCUCAAUGGCCACUGAGCUGGCCGCCAUCUGCCUGGAGAACUCCAGCGGGAAGCAGCCGUGGUUCUGUGCCUUGAAGGGCGCAGCCGGCUACUACCCCGAGGGGGGCUACCUGCUGCCCUCUUGUUGCACGGCCCUCCGCAGAAAGGAGGGCCAGAACGGCGGUGUGGCAUCCAAAAAGCACCGGCCGCCACGCCUCAGUGAGAUAAAGAGGAAGACGGAGGAGCAGCCCGAGUUGAUGGAGUGCCUGGUCAACCGCGUGGUGGAUGAGACCGUCAACCUAGACGACAUGCCCCAGACUCUAGACCCAUUUGCACUCUUUGCCUCCGAGGUCACCGCCCGCAUCAUGAACUGCCCCGAGCUCAACGUAGUUGACACCUCCAAGCCCGGCCAGCAGACCCGCAGCCGGCUGCAGUGCGAGCGGUGGAGCCGGGGCAAGGCCGCCAGCUACGAAAGCAUCCCAGAGGAGGACGCAGGCCCCCCGGGUACCCCCAACACCCUGGGCCCUGGCAGCCGGCUGGGCCAGAACCUGAGCAGGGGAGGCUCCAUCUCUAAGCAGUCCAGCUGCGAGAGCAUUACGGAUGAGUUCUCCCGCUUCAUGGUGAACCAGAUGGAGAUGGAGGGCCGGGGUUUUGACCUGCUCCUGGACUACUACGCCGGGCAGAAUGCCAGCAGCAUCCUGGCGGCAGCCGUGCAGCAGGCAGCCACCAAGAAGAACGGCCACCUCAAUGUGAGGACCACCUCCUGUCUGUCCAAGCAGUCCAGUACGGAGAGCAUCACGGAGGAAUUCUACAGGUUCAUGCUCAAAGACAUGGACAUGGAGAGCAAAGACUACAGUAUGGGCAGAACUAAAGAGUGGAGCAACAGCCUAUUGCCUCCAUCUCCCAGAACCCUCUUCUGUAUCCGUCAGUCCUCCGUGCCAGACAGACGUUUCUCAGACUCCAGGCUGACCGUCAACUCGCCCAUCAAGGCCAACUCCUUUGAUGGCUUCGUCCGCAAUGUGCACGGGGACACGCUCAACAUCUACCCCACCAACUCGGUGCAGGUGUCUGCCACGGGCCUCUGCAAGUCUGACUCAUGUCUGUACCAGAGGGGCCAGACUGACCAGAUCACUGACAUGCUGAUCCACGAGACCUGGUCCAGCUCCAUUGAGUCCCUGAUGCGGAAGAACAAGAUCAUUGCGGACCCGGAGGACAGCAUUGACCUAGUGGAUGCAGAGUCCCAGACCCACAUGCUGCAGUAUGCCAACCGCCUGGCCGCAGACAUCGUGGAAACCGGGAAGUCUGUCCUACAGGAAGGGGAUGGAGCCGGAGGAGGGGGCGUGGUGGGGCGACAACAACACAUGCCCGUGGGGGAGAGGAGGAGAGGCUUCAAACAGUCCCGCCCUGGCUGCACCCGGAGCAGAGCCAGCCAGGAGCAACCAGGAGGGGGCGGAGACAGCACAUGUACAGCAGCGGGUCCCCCCAUCAGGGGCCCCAGGGAGGUCCCUGUACCGGUGAUCCACAUCGAGACAGAUCAGAGGGACGAUCCGGAGUCUGGAAAUCCAGUGGAAAGGGCCUGGCAUCACCCCUGGGACCCAGCGCCCCCUGAGGGGACAGCCCAGUGGCGUGCUGAGAGGGCCUCAGUGAGCCGCAGCAGCUUUGAGAGAGACAAGACGGCAGUGCCCUCUGUGCCCGCUGCAGUACCCGCUGUAGAUGAACGAAACAAGCGCUCUCUGAGUGCUAGCAGUGAGGACAGCUCAGAAAGCUGGUCCCAGAUCGCCCCUGAUGACGACCCCCACGAGGAGACCAGUAGUUUUAUCCAGCUGAGCGAGGGGAACGGGAACAGCAGCACGUCUAGCCUGGGUCUGGCAGACUUGGAGGGCUUCUCUGACAUCCUCAGUCAGAGCACAGUGAACAGUGAGAAGGCAGAGAAGGGUCACCUAAGGGAGAGCAAGGAGAACGUAAACGAGGGCAGCUCACUGUGGACAGUAGGGGGCAGUAGCAGCCACAGGGAGCUUCUGGUGGUCAACUGUGACUUGGAUCCAGAGUGUGUGGACUCAGAGCUGCGCUUGGCCCUGCAGUGGAUCGCUGCCUCCGAGCUGGGCCUGCAUGCCGUUUAUUUCAGGAAGUGUAAAGACAGGAGGACGUCGAAGGUGGGUGCAGCACAGCACAUCCAGUUCCAGAGGGUGUUGCAGCUGGUGUCUCAGAAGGCAUGGAGGAUCGGAGAUCUCUUCAGCGCCAUCAUCCAGUUCUGUAAGCUCCACCAGGAAGAGGAGGAAGGAGGCAGCUCUCUGUCCAGUCUUUUCGACUGGCUACUGGAGACCCACUAGGCUCUGCCAACACCCCUCAUCUACACAAACACACACACACACACACACCAGCCAAUGUCCCCAACUGUGCCCCAUGCAUCAAACCCCACCAUCAAGCCUAGUGAUUCCUAGCACACGGAGUGUGAAUCAUGAAAAACCCCUAGCCUGGUAGCCAGAUCGGUUUGUGCUUUAGCCAAUUCCUCUUUUGUUAAUUGUGAUGUAAGCCAUGACAAGGAACGCUAGAAGUUUUGGCUAAAGCAUCAACAGGUCUGGCUACUAGGAUAGAAACCCUUUACUGGUCCCAGAUUAGUUUGUGCUGUCUUACCAACUCCUAUGGUCAAUGGACAACGAGGAGUAGAAGAUCUGGCUGAAGCCCAAACAGGUCGGGCUUCCAGGCAACAACAAAAAAAACACCACACCCAUGAUAUUAUACACACCUUAUGGGACUGAGGACUUUCAUUAGGCUGCAGUGAGCAGACAUGUCUCCCUUUAAUAAGAUAAGCAUGUUUCUCAUUUUCUGAUGCACGGUCCCUAGUUAGACGAACCCAAGGAAAACCCAGCAUCAGUUUGGGAUGUAGGCCUUAUUUAUUUAGUGCAAACAAAUCAGCCAUCUGAGAUUCUAGCCUGCAGAAUUUGUAUUCCUUUAGUUGUUAUAUAUCCUAUACAUUACAUUUUCACAAUCUGAUGUGUUCAUUUAUAAAUGAUGUAUUUAUUCAACAUAAACACACACACACACACACAACAAACAACAAGGCACCAAUAGAACACUGUACCCCAUUCCCUCAACCAAUCGAACUCAAAAAGACACCAGAUGAUGUUUUAAUGUACAGUAGCUAUCUUGAAGAGACUGUCAGACAGCAGCCAUCGUUUCAUUUGGGAUUUGCUGACAGCAACAUAGGUGUGCACUACUCCACUUGACAGUUGCCCAGAGCCUGUAUUCACAAUGUGUCUCACAGCAGGAAGGCUGAUCUAGGAUCAGAUCCCACCCCUGUUCUGGUAAUCAUACCAAACGGAUCCUAUAUCAGCCCUCCUAAUCUGAGAUGCUUUGUGAAUACCGACCCAGAUGAACAUAGUUGUCAUUUACAUCGGCCAACGUUGUCUACUUCUGUUGUAACUUUGAACUCUGCUUAUGUUAUCUGUCGUUCUUAUGUAAGUAAUCUGUCGUUCUUCAUGUUCUUUGAGAAUUGUUUAUUCUGGAUAGCUGUACAUAUUGUAGAUUCUUGAACUGCUGCACCUUGGGGUAGAAAGACUGCUCUCUAUCAUUUCAUUUUUACUACUUUCAGAAAGACAGAGAAGGUUUGUAGUGUCUAAUUUGUACGUGAAUCUGGUUUGUCAGGUUUUAUCUGCGUAGUAGUACUCUAGUGUUAAAUCGUUGGCAUUAAAAAGCACACAAUUCAACUUUGUUGCUGUAGAAACUGAAUGUAUCUUUAUCUUUUGAGAUCAAUAAAUCCAUGUAAUAUGUGA